CUUUUUGGUGUCAUCGUAUUUUGUCUCAAGAAAUGGCUGCAGCCGAUGUUAGUAUGCAAGGUACAUCAGACGCCUCAGUAAAGCAGCAAGGCCAGGCUGAGAAAAGUCAUAUAACAAGCAAAAAAGAGUAUGUUUUGGUCAAGAAGGAUCGUCAUGGAAAUUCUAUUGUCUACUAUAAAAAAUCUAUCCCUUCAACUUCACCUGCUAAGGAGGACAAGAUGCAAAUAGACGAAGAUGCAUCCCCUGUUAAAAAAAAGAUAAAGACUAAAGUCUAUCCAAAAGUCAAGCUUCGCCCCUCGAUUACUCCUGGUACGGUUUUGAUUAUUCUCAAGGGAAAAUAUAGUGCAAAACGCGUCAUUUUCUUGAAACAGUUAGAAUCAGGCUACCUUGCGGUCACCGGUCCUAAGAAGCUAAAUGGUGUUCCAAUCUACCGAAUCGACCAAACUUACGUAAUUGCUACGUCGACCAAGAUUGAUAUAUCGAAUGUCAAACUUCCAUUGCGCCUUAACGAUGACCUGUUUAAAAAACUGCCCUCUUACGAUAGGUUAAGUGCCUAUGCAAAGAUAAGCGAGGAGAAACAAGAGGCACUCAAGACACUUUUUUUGAAAAAGAAGAAGCAAGCUCUUCGAGUCCAAGCGCGCAUUCAAAAAUAUGUGGACAAGCAGGUUAUUUCUGCUGUAGACAGCGUUCCGAAACUUUCUAAGUACCUUUCACUGCCAUUCAACCUUGGACCUGGCAUAUAUCCACACAGGAUAAAGUUUUGAUUGUAUUUCUCCUAAAAAUUAAUUUUUGAGAAGACAGCAUAUACUUGAUGUGUAUGUAUGAGAGGAUAUAUAAUAAUUCAUUAUACAAAUUAAGUUUUCUGUGUG